AUGUCUUAUAAAUUCGGCAAACUUGCCAUUAAUAAAAGUGAGCUAUGUCUAGCAAAUGUGCUACAGGCUGGCCAAUCCUUUCGAUGGAUUUGGGAUGAAAAGUUAAACCAGUACAGCACUACAAUGAAGAUAGGCCAGCAAGAAAAGUAUUCAGUAGUGAUUUUGAGGCAAGAUGAAGAGAAUGAGAUCCUGGAAUUUGUUGCUGUCGGCGACUGUGGCAAUCAGGACGCCUUAAAAACUCAUCUAAUGAAAUAUUUUAGAUUGGACGUGUCACUGAAGCACUUAUUCGAUAAUGUUUGGAUUCCAAGCGAUAAAGCAUUUGCGAAACUUUCUCCACAAGGCAUCCGUAUCUUGGCCCAGGAACCAUGGGAGACAUUGAUUUCCUUUAUUUGCUCGAGUAAUAAUAACAUUUCAAGAAUUACGAGAAUGUGCAAUAGCCUUUGCUCUAAUUUCGGGAACUUAAUCACAACAAUAGAUGGGGUCGCCUACCAUUCGUUUCCUACAAGUGAGGAGCUAACUUCUCGAGCCACUGAAGCCAAGUUGCGUGAGCUGGGCUUUGGAUAUAGAGCUAAGUAUAUUAUCGAAACCGCGAGAAAACUGGUGAAUGAUAAAGCUGAAGCUAAUAUUACUUCUGACACCACAUACCUUCAAAGUAUCUGUAAAGAUGCUCAAUAUGAAGACGUUAGAGAGCACCUCAUGUCCUACAAUGGUGUAGGCCCCAAAGUUGCUGAUUGCGUUUGUCUAAUGGGACUUCACAUGGAUGGCAUCGUCCCCGUAGAUGUCCAUGUUAGUAGAAUUGCGAAGAGGGACUACCAAAUAUCUGCGAACAAGAACCAUCUCAAAGAAUUGAGGACAAAAUACAACGCCUUACCUAUCUCAAGAAAAAAAAUCAACCUAGAGCUCGACCAUAUUAGAUUAAUGCUUUUUAAAAAAUGGGGAUCAUACGCUGGUUGGGCCCAAGGUGUCCUAUUCUCUAAAGAAAUCGGAGGGACUAGUGGUAGCACUACAACUGGUACUAUAAAGAAGAGAAAAUGGGAUAUGAUAAAGGAAACGGAAGCAAUUGUUACGAAACAAAUGAAACUGAAAGUUGAAUUGUCUGAUCUUCACAUCAAAGAAGCAAAAAUAGAUUAG